UUAGUGGCUUAAAAAGAAAAACAAAAAAACCUGUUUGAGAGGAGGGGGCGUGGCAGAGAAGGAUGCGAAACCGGGUUCUCCUGCUCUACUUCUGGAGCGUCUAUUGUUGCUUCGCGGCGGGAAGUCUCGAAAACUUACGUCCCCAGGGGUCGCUGCGAGAUGAAUAUAAACCCACUGGAGUACCAGCUACUGUCAAACCCUCUGUGGCUUUUAACGUCCGCACUUCUAAGGACCCAGAACAUGAAGGGUGCCAUAUCUCCCUUGGUGACAACCAACUCUUGGAAGACUGUGGCUUCAACAUGACAGCCAAAACCUUUUUCGUCAUUCAUGGAUGGACGAUGAGUGGUAUGUGGGAAAAAUGGCUGUAUAAUCUUGUGUCAGCCCUGCAGACAAGAGAGAAAGAUGCUAAUGUGGUGGUGGUUGAUUGGUUGCCCCUGGCUCACCAGCUGUACAUAGAUGCUGUCAGUCACAUCAGCAUGGUGGGACAAAGAGUGGCUGGGAUGCUUAACUGGUUGCAGGAGAAGGAAGAGUUUUCUCUUGGGAACGUUCACUUGAUUGGCUACAGCCUUGGAGCACACGUGGCUGGAUACGUUGGCAACUUUGUGAAAGGGACAGUGGGCAGAAUAACCGGUCUGGAUCCUGCAGGACCCAUGUUUGAAGGGGCGGAUUUCCACAAGCGGCUCUCUCCUGAUGACGCAGACUUUGUGGAUGUCCUGCACACCUACACUCUCUCCUUCGGCUUGAGCAUUGGAAUUCGGAUGCCCGUGGGUCACAUUGACAUCUAUCCCAACGGUGGUGACUUCCAGCCGGGCUGUGGAUUCAAUGAUGUUUUGGGAUCUAUUGCAUAUGGAACAAUCACAGAGGCGGCGAAGUGUGAGCACGAGCGAGCCGUAGACCUCUUUGUUGAUUCUCUGCUGAAUCAGGACAAGCCGAGCUUUGCCUUCCAAUGCACAGACCCUAACCGCUUCAAAAAGGGGAUCUGUCUGAGCUGCCGGAAGAACCGUUGCAAUAACAUUGGCUACAAUGCUAAGAAGAUGAGGAAGAAGAGGAAUAGCAAAAUGUACUUAAAAACCCGGGCUGGCAUGCCUUUCAGAGUUUACCAUUAUCAGAUGAAAGUCCACAUCUUCAGCUACAAGAACAGUGGAGACAUCCAGCCCACCUUCUACAUGACCCUGUACGGCAGUAACGCAGACUCCCCGAAUCUGCCUUUGGAAGUAGUGGAGAAGAUCGAGCUGAAUGCCACCAACACCUUCCUGGUCUACACUGAGGAGGACUUGGGUGAUCUCUUGAAGAUCAGACUUGCCUGGGAGGGGGUAUCUCAUUCCUGGUACAACCUGUGGAAUGAGUUUCGCAGCUACCUGUCUCAACCCAGCAACCCCUCAAGGGAGCUGCACAUCCGAAGAAUUCGUGUCAAGUCUGGGGAAACGCAGAGAAAAAUGAUGUUUUGUGCCCAAGACCCUAAGAAGACUGGCAUCUCUCCUGGCCAAGAGCUGUGGUUUCACAAGUGUCGGGAUGGCUGGAGAAUGAAAAAUGAAACCAGUCCUUUUGUGGAGCUGGCCUGAGGGCCCAGGAAGUCCUGAAGCCCGAAUCCACCCACACCCCACUGUCCACGCACAUGGAGGAAAGUUACCGCUGAAGACUCACUUGAUGGAAGACCUCAGCCUUGAUGCUGGAGCCCCGGGAGGAUUUACUUGCUGGGCUCACCUUGUUUCCACUGACAACUGUGACUUCUCCCAGACAGGCCUGUGCCCUGCUGAAGUUCCAGCUGAUGACUCUAACUCCAGACUUCUCUUGACCCCUCAGGAAGCUGUGUGAGCACUGGAAUGUCCAGAGCCCUGGUGCACUCUGGGCCACUCUUACUGUUGCUAGGUGAGCCCUGGCUUUGACCAACCGCAGGGAACACAGGCUCUGAAGUGGCUCUGUGUGGAAGGCUGGCAGAUGCUUGGCCUCACUGAACCUUAGUGACAAGUCUUUCCCUCAAGAGCUGACUCAUAUACCACAGCGACAGACCUGUUACCUAGAGAAGGGACAAAAUAGAUCAGGCUGAUGCUAAUGCCCUACUGUUCUCCCAGACUGAUGGAUCCUGGUUCUAUCUUGGGUAUUCCAUCAUGCUUCCUAGCUCAUCUUCUGAAACUCACACUGUUGGCAUUUCUCUUUUUGCAUCAUUCAUACUUGGAUUAAGCAAACGUUCAUUGGGCACUUCAACUAUUUAGCACAGGGAAAUAGACACACGACUCAACCUUUGCGUUUGGAGCCGAUGGGAUCAGGAUCUCUCCCUCAGGUUCACUGGCUCAUGAGUAUGUGUGUGCUUAAAGACAGACAGGGCUGAGGGGAGAGCUACAGGCUGAAAGGGCUGGCUGGGGCUCUGAGGUUUUCAUGUGUCAUUUUCUCUAAGGGCCGUGCUUGAUCACUAUUAGAGCAGUAAGCAGAAAAUCAUGCAUGGUGGCCCCAGGGGUGGAGCAAAGUCUCUGCUGUUUAGGGAGCUUGACAGUAGUGUGUGUGUUCUACAUACCUGCUGUGCAGAAACCAGCUGCCACGGACAGAGCUUGCAUUAAGGUUUGAUGUGUCUUCUAUGUAAUAGCUUGCUUUUAUAUCAGUGCCGUCUCUGCGUUAAGCUCCUGGAAAGAAGCCUCCUGUUCUAGAUCUUAAUGUGAACCAAUAAAUGUGACACCCGAGACACCCUUCUGCAGUCUCUAGACAGCUUGCACGUGCGUCACCUAAUCAGAGUGCAAGGAGCAGGACAGCUGUUAUUAUUCUUGUCUUCUGAAAUCAAGGCUUAGGGAAAUUCAGCCACCUGCUUAGACAUAGAUGUAUCAAGGUGGUGGUGGGGCCAUGCUGAGGACCCAGUGAGGUUUCCUGAAGGCAAAGUUCAGGAAAGCCUUUCUGCAGCUCCAUGAAGAUGUCUGUGACUAUUUCCCAUCAGUCUGUUCCUGAUGUGAUAAGCAGUGAAUUAUUUUUCAUAGCUAUCCAUAAAAUCCAAACCCUUUCAUUAAUAAACAAUCAGAACACCCGAGGAAGGGGUUGAGUUUUUAUGGGUGAGCUGUCAGCUGGGGUGAGAGAGCAAUCACUCUCUGUAUUCAGUUUUAAUGCACAUUCUUCGUACUCCACCAAAUUUGUAUCGCUGUUUAAUGCCAAACUCUUGAAGACAUAACAGAAACAGUCGAACCUUAACUCGGAGUGCUCUCUCUAGCCAUGGGGUGCUACUGCAAUUGCUUUCUUGCCAAAGUGGAGCUUGUUAUUGGCCAAGCAUCCUGGUGGCUUCCAGCUCCUGUGUUUAGUGAUGGAAGUGUGGAGAACUGAAUCCUCUGUGAGUUGUGUGUUUAUCUAUUUGACUUGAAGUCAUGUUUGUAUAUCUGAUGCUUUUUUAAAAAUGCUUAGACCACUAUUUAUUUCUUAAGUGUAUAUAAUGUAUAAAGACAAAUAUAUGACUAGUUUUUACUUUAAGAUUAACCCAUUUCAAGAUUUAAAAAAAGUUUAAUAGUAAAAUAAUAAAAACUAUACAACUCUUAA